GCUGCUGGUGAGCCUGCUACUGUUGAUCCUGCUUCUGCUGAGCCUGCCGUUGAGGCUGUAGAGCCUGCCGUCGAGGCUGUAGAGCCUGCGGUUGCGGCUGCGGAGCCUGCCGUUGAGUCUGCUGAGCCUACCGUUGAGGCUUUCGAGCGGGCCGUUGAGGCCUCUGAGUCUGUUGCCGGCGCUGCUGAGCCUGCUGCCGAGCCUAUCGUUGGUGCGGCUGAAGCGGGACCUGAUGUAGGAGAAACUAUUGGGCCUGCCGUUGACGCUACUGCUGAGCCUGCCGUUGAGCCUGCUGCUGCUGAACAUGCUGCCGCUGAGUCUGCCGCUGAGCCUGCCACUGUUGAGCCUGCUUCUGCUGAGCCUGCCGUCGAAGCUGUCGAGCCUGCCGCUGAAGGGGAACCUGAGGCGGGAGCCGGCGGCUCAGCAGGAGAAGAAGAGCCGGUCGCCGCCGUCACCGCCGCCGUAGUCAAGGAAGACGAAGAACCGGUAGUCGUCGAGGACGACAACACGGUCGCCCCGGCGGAAGACCCGCAAACAACCGACAAGAGCAUCGUCGAGGGAGCGGCCACGACUGAAACCAUUGCAGCAGACAGCGCAGGCAUCGACGCCCCCGCGGAUGCUGAUUCGACAACCGAGACGCCGCCAUCGGAGGAGCGGAAUGUUUCGGAGCCCGAUGAUGUUGCCGCCUCUGUCGAGCCUGUCGUCGUUCCUCCCGCUAAUGCGACCGCUGGUGCCGGGGCCCGCGGCAGCGGAAGAGUCCGUGGCCAAGAAAGACGACCCCGAGCCAGCGGUCUCCGCUGCUGCCGAGGACGCUGCCGUAGCCGUCGAGGAGCCCGUAACCACCCCCGACGAGACGACCACGGAGGAAACCGCCGGCGUCGACACCACGGCCGCGGUCGAAGGAGAAGAACAAGGGACUUCGCCGGCGCCCCCGGCUGAGGAUGUGGUCCCGGCGGUCGUCACGUCCGCUGAACAGACUGUUGCCGAAGAACCCGCCGCCGUCGUCGAGGAAGAGGCACCCGCUGCUUCAGCCGACGACGUUGCUGAGGACCCACCGUCUGAGCCCGUUGUCGUCGAAGACACCGCCGCCGACCCGGCUUCUGCCCCCGCCAAGGAUGCCGAGACGCCCGUCCACGAGAGGGGCGGCGCUGAGCCUGCCGCUUCGGCUGAAGCGGAAGCGAGGGGCGGCGCAGCGGAGGAGGAGGAACAGGAUGUCGUCGCCACCGCCGCUGCUGCCGCCGAGGAAGAAGAACCGGCAGUCCCCGAUGAAGCCGACGAAGGAACCACCGACAAGAACAUCGUCGAAAAGGAGGCCCAGAUCGAGGUCGUUGCGGACGAUGCAGUCGUCGACGUUGCUGCUGAACCCGCAGAGACACCAUCGUCGGAAGCGCGAGGCAUUCCUGAGCCCGCCGAUGCCGUCCCUGCGGAUGAGCCAGUGGUCGAGGCUGCUUCGCCUGCCGCUGAUGCUGCUGCUGGGGUCGGGGAGGAGCCCGCGUCAGCGGAAGAAGAGUUCGUGGCCAAGAAAGACGACCCCGAGCCAGCGGUGCCCGCUGCUGCUGAGGACGCUGCCGUGACCGUCGAGGAGGCGGUGACCACCCCCGAUGAAACGACCACGGAGGAGACUGCCGACGUCGACACCACGACCGCGGUCGAAGGAGAAGAACAAGAGGAGACACAACCGGCACCCCCUGCUGAGAAUACUGCUUCGCCGGCCGCGGACUUUGCUGAAUCGACGGAUGCCGUGGAAGAACCCGUCGCAGCAACGGAAAAAUCCGUAGAACCCGCAUCCACGGAAGAACCCGUCGCAGCCGCCGAAGAGCCCGUCACCGUCGCAGAAGAACCCGUCGCAGCCAUGGAAGCGACCGUCGCCGUCGCGGAAGAACCCGUCGCCGUCGCGGAAGCAUCCGCCGCAGCCCCCGAAGAACCCGUCGCAGUCACGGAAGAACCGGUCACCGUCGUGAAAGAACCAGUCGCUGUCGUGAAAGAAUCCGUGGUACCCGCGGACGAACCUGUCACCGUCGCGGCAGAGAUCGUCGCAGCCGCUGAAGAACCCGUCGCAGCCACUGAAGAGCCCGCAGCCGCGGAUAAGCCCGUCGCCGUUGCAGAAGAGCCUGUCGUAGUCGCGGAAGAAACCGUGCUCUACGACACCGUCGGCGACUCGGCCCCGGCGGAGGACUCCACUGCUCCGGCCAGUGUGGAAGAUGCAGUGAGUACCGCCGUUGCAGGAGACGAGGAACCGAUCGUCGCCGCCGCUUCCGUGAAGGAAGAUGAAGACGAGCCGGUAGUAGUCACCGACGAUGCUUGCGACCCGGCGCAAAGUGAAGCGGUCGCUAAGGAGAGCGUCGAAGAGAACGUUACGAACGAGCCUGCCGCAGGGGACCCGGUCGUCGAUGCUGCUGUUGCCGCAGCUGGUGCUGCGGAGACGCCUGCCUCAGACGAGCGGGCCAUGCCGAAGUCCGCCGAUGUUACCGCUGUCGAGCCGCUGGUGGGGGAUGCCGCCCCCGCUACUUCUGAUGCAGUCGGACCAGCGAAGGAGGGAGAGGAGGCGGACACCAAAAAAGACGUCCCUGCCGCCGAGGAAGACGCUCCUGCCGCCGCCUCAGAUGUGAUCAAAACCCUCGCCGAGGCCGCGGGUCCAGCCGACGCGGAACCCGAAGCUGAGACCAAGUUGGAGGAGGCCGGGGAAGAGGAGGAGCCGGUGGUCGUCGGCGAGGGAGAAGAUGCCGCCGACGUUGCUGAUGAGGAUCCAGACAAAGAAACCGUGGCUAAGAAUGAUGCACCAGAGCCAGCCGUAUCCGCUGCGGUUGUGCCCGAGGUUGCAGCCUCCGACGUAGCGGGGACCCCCCCCGAUACCGAGACCACGGAGGAGUUUGCCGAGAUCGACACGACGACGGUGGACGCGGCUCCGGUGGUAUCCCCGCCUGAUGAGGUUACUGCUUCCCCGGACGCGCCGGUUGGCUCUGCCGAAGACACCGCUGCCGUGGCUCUGGCCGAAGAAGCCUCGGCCGACAAGAACGUUGGCGAGGCCCCAGCAGAGCUUGCCAGCGAUAGCGUGAACGAGGCCGGAGCCGCCCCUGUUGUUGUUGCUGCUGCUGCUGCUGCUGCUGCUGCUGCUGCUGUGUCCGCUGAGACGCCUUCCUCGGACGAGCGGGCAAUUCCGGAAUCCGCCAAUGUUGCCGCCGUCGAACCCGUUGUAGAGGGCGACGCCUCCGCUGCCGUGCCCUCAAAGGAAGAGACCAAGACCAAGGGCGAUGCUCCUGCCGCCACCGGCAUUACGGAGGAGGCAUCCACCGCUUCUUCGGUUACCGCCGCAGCGAGGGUCAUCGAAGAGGACGAGGGGUUGGUCGUGGUCAACGGCGAAGAAGAUGUCGUUUCUGCUGGCGCCGACACGGAAGUUCCCCAGGACCCGGCAAAGCCGGUCGCAGAGGACGCGAACGUAGGCGCCGCAGCUGCCGCGCCCGCUGAGACGCCUUCUUCAGCGGACGUGCCGGAGCCCCCCGUCGAUGCUGCCGAACCCAUCGUACAGGACAACGCAACCGCUGCCGUUGCUGCCGCCUCCGCUGUGGUGGGGGGGUCAGCUGCUACCGAUAAGCCCGCUUCGGCCGAGAUUCGUACCGCCGAACCGGCAGGGAAACCUGCUACGGCGGAGGAACCUGUCGCAGAGACCGCGGUCGAUGCCAGUCCGCGUUCCAGUCCCGGCAACGGCCACGGUAAGGGCGGCGGCGGCGGCGGGUUCCUCAAGGGGAUGAGGAAGUGGUUCAAGAAGGACGGAAAGCGUCCGAGUUCCUUCAAGAAGGGCAACAAGGGGAACAAGCAGCAGCAAUCGGAGCACUGGACGGAGAAUCUCGCGUCCUCCCCGCCCUCCGCCGUCGCCGCCGCCGCCGCCGCCGCCGCCGCGGCGGAGCAGGGGAAGCCCGAGAAGCAACAAGAGGAGGAGCAGGAGGAGGAAUUGCUGACCACCGCCGCCGCCGCUGACCCCGAAGCCAGGACCGACGGGACUGCUGGCGGUACUGGCGGUGCUGAAGCCUCUGCCGGGGUUAACGUUGCCGGCGCUGCGGUUGUGAUGAUGUAACCAGCCGCGCGACCUACGGAAAUCCCGUGCUGCACGCUGUUCGGUUGCCGCUGCUGCUGCUGCUGCUGCUGCUGCUGCUGCUGCUUCACACUACCCCAUCCACCCAACGGCAGGUGCGCGGCGGAGGCGGCAGCCCCGCCCCAAUGACGGCGGCAGAGGCAGCAGAGGCAGCAACGGCAACGGCGGCACGGCCACCGAGUUGGCCGCGUGUGGUUCAGGAAAUGGUCGUUGCGUUUUGGGUCCAGAUCGUCGCACUAGCAAGGUUUUUGACGAAACGGCCGGUGGCAGGUGCGGAAGAGCAAUGAGAAAAAUGCGCCCCGCACUUGCCGCGGAGUCUUCGGUGCCUGUUGAGUGACACUGCACCGGACCGAAGAAUGGGGCUCAAUUUUUGUUUGUUUUUUCUUGUUUUUGCCAUGCCUUCCUUCCCUGGGUGGUGUCAGUUGCACCUGAAUUCUGUAUCUACUCGGCUUGCCAACUUGUCGGCGUAGUAGAGCCUGGUCCAUCGGCGGCGGCCUUUGAAGAUUUGCUAAACGGGACCGGUUCUUGCGUUUUUUUAUUAUGGGGAGAAUGUGUUUGCGAUUCCGAGGCCACUCGGUAUGACUUAAGUGUCACACCGGGGAGUGGCCUCUCCGGGCGCGGUGGCGAUGCACGUUUUUUGCCAGAAGCUGCCUCUUGAGCUUAGAUACCAUUCGUUUUGCGUACGCUUGGGAGCACUUGUGCGCGGUGUGGUCGUCCGCCCCACUUCUUUGGUGUUGUGAUAUGUUUUACCCUCUUCUUGUACACCCUUCCCUUUAUUCGCGUUCGCAGUGGUCGUAGACUCUUCCGGUAUUGCCGUGAAAUCCACACCUUGCUCGUACGUGCAUGAUCCCCCGAACUUGCUUGCUGUUUGUUGUGGUCUCUGAAUGUAAACCCUUUUAUGUAUGCCUUGGUACCAUAUUCGUUUGUACGGGGUUUCGUCUCGGAAGUGCUUUGCGUGUUUUUCUGUUAGGUGGCGGUGAGCUGUGUCGGGAGGCAAAUUCCGCCGCAAGUUGUGGGCAUUCUUGGGCCCGAAGUUAGGACCCAUCGGGGUCACGUUUUUCGCGGGCCACGCUUUUGUAAGAAACGCCCAGUUGGAAAAAAUGGCGAACGGACCCAGUCGCCGUAAAAAAUCGUUUGAAGAAGCGUCGCUGAAUGAAAAUCUUCGUGUACCGUGAGUUUUGUGUGGCGACUGGUAAGUCGGUCCGAGUUUGCAUCAUGCCUUCGACAGGGUUUCAGGCAGCCAGUGACGUCGGCAGCGCUUGGCUUCAAGGGGUGACAUGAACGGAGCAUGUGCAGAGGAUAUCGAGGCAUUUGCCAAACGUACUGUAUGCCGUGGAGAAAAGUGUGCUAACGGGGGAAGGAGUUGCAAGUUACCCGUUUUUUUUUUUUGCUUCUCUCUCAUGGCAUUCCGAGUUUCAAGUUGUGGCAAGCGGGGGGAAGAUGUUCGAGUCAUCACUUUUGUGCUUUGUUUUUGCUCGCGGUUUGCAAGUUUCAAGGUCAAAGUGUGACGAGGGGGGAAAAGAGGUCCCGAGUUAUCGCGCUCGUGUUUUUUUUUUUUUCCCGUACGUUGUUGCGGGGUUUAUAUAGGCUGUUGAGGAGGUGUUACAUCGACAGUUCUGUCCUAUCGAUAUGUCGUAGCGUGGCAACCGCGGCGGCGGUGCGGUAGAGAUGGGUGCGCGUGAAUUGAGUUACCUAGAUGGGAGGAAAGAAGAAUGUGCGGAGUUCCUGAUAGCCGGCCACUAGCUAUGUGCGUUUUUUUUGGGUGUAGGGUAACGUGCGUUAUUUCGGCUCUUUUUCACCGGUACUAAAUCCCGAUUGAUGUGUGUGUUUCCUGACAACCGGCCUCUUGUCAUGUGCGUUUUUGCCGUGUGGGGUAAGUGCGUUGUUUUGGCACUUUUCAUCGGUAACACAUCCCGAUUGAUGUGUGUGGUAGGUGUGCUUCUUCAUGGAAGACGCGCUUGAGUUGAAAGCCAGGGGCGAGUGAGAUAGCACCAAAAGCUCGUCGUCUGCGACAGAGGUCUUUGAUGAGGGUGAAAUGCAAGAGUCUCCGGGAUUCUUCAUCUUGGUGCAUGGUAUAAGGUACCCGACGUCAUUUUCAUGGGAUUUUCCCGUCUAGCACGUUGCAGUUUUUACCGAUGCACCAACCACCGCUGAAAAAAGAAGAGGUGGAGUUGGCCACGGAGUUAGUUGAACGUCUUCUCAUGUGGUCCUUGACCAUAUUGACAUGGGGUCGCAGUUAUAUGAGAGUGUUUUUGUUCUCCUGGGUUAACAGGAGGGAUCGUGUGCGAGGUGAUGAUAGAAGCCCCUGUCGACGUUUACACGAUGUAUGCGUAUUCUUCGCGUGCCCUCUUGUUCCAUGUGCGCCAUGGGAGACUGUAUUUCCGCAAGUCUUUCUCUCUUUUACCCUCUUUUAUCCGCUGGCUAUCUGACGGACCCUUGUCGCAUUCAUAUUCAUGCUAUUGAGUUUUCGGCGUGAUGAAGUUUCCAAUGUGGACGUUGGUGUUCCAACUCUCGCCAAGUUGGAUUUCUAGAUCGUUUCUGCGCAGCUCACGGUGUGGCGUUUUUUUACGGUAGUUGCUCCGUCCUCGCUGCAGCGGGGCGGGAUCGAUACGAGUAAGAGCUCAGACCAGGCUUCAAAAGGUCAGUCUAAUGCAUUUUGCUGUUGCUUUUUUUCCUUGGUGCUGCUUGUAAGACCCGGCUUUGGCAGACCAACGGUACUGACUGCAUUCUCCGUUUUUGUUUCGAGUGUUCCUUGUUCUGCGGCUGCUGCGCUCAGCUACAACUACCUGCCGAUACAUCCUUGUUCUUUUUCGGGCGCAUGGUGACAAGCUUUGUGGAGUAGAUCCACCUCCACCCCGCGUGCUUGGUAGAAGUAACGAAGUAAAGAGUUGCGAUCGCCCGUGUGGGAUGGAGUUUUGUCCAGUAAUGUAUCCCGGACGUUCAUGCUGCCGAUGUUGUGGUAGGACGGGGCGGGUAGGAGAGCCAGUCAAUGGCUUUCCGGUUGCGCGGCAAAUACACGACACCGUUCACAUGUAGCUUCGAGUCGAGCGGGCGGAGAGGUGGUUGACGAUUUUCAUUGGCAUCAUCACCUCUGCUACCCUGCGCUUGGUCCUCUUCCUUCGAGUUGGUCCAACGUUGAGAUAAUUGCUCUGUGCUGGCCGACAUGAUACUGACUGAUGGUAUCAAACUAACUGAAAAUAAUUGGGUACCGAAAGAGCGAUAAGUAUACCCC